UACUAUUUUUUUUCUCUCCAGGGCCUAUUUAUUUAAUUACAAACAUUGGCCAAUUCGAAUUCCAUGGCCAUGGAGAUGAUGGACGCGGUAUCUGCCCGCUUCUUCCUGUUUCGGAGUGUAGUGGGGUUCAUGCUUUCACAGAUCGGAGUCUUCCUUCUGAUUCCGUCUCUGAUAGCAUUUUCCACAAAGUUUCCAAAAGUUUUCGACAACCAAGAAACAGAUUGCUCAAUAAAGGUCGCCUUUACCUGUAUUCUGAUAUCCACCAGCGUCGAGACGUUGCUAUGGUGUUGGACUCUGUUAGUUAUUUUCGUUGCCGUGGAGUCGGACGGCUUCUGUAAUCUGAAAUGUUACCACAUCGAGGUGCUACUGCAUUUUCUGGCGGCCGGCUGUUCCGGUGUUGGGGUUUCGGUCUUUGCCUACAAGUAUGACAGAUUCGUCUGGUACUGGAUUUUUGCCGUGGCAGGCGGCGCAUGCGCAGGAGCAAACUCAUUCAUUGGCUGCUGUUGUCAAAACAUAAAACGGAGAGUUAAGAAUCGUUUUGGAGAUUUAGAAAUCGGCGAAGAAUUGGCCUUACCGAUGAAGACAAAACCUCACAAACGUUAACGAUGUUAACUAUCAAACAACUGAUCGUCGUGUACUAUCCCUUUGUUAGAGGAUUUCUAUAUAUAGACGCUGACAUGUAUCUUACAUAUUAUAUGAUGAUGAUAUCAUUGUUUGAUUGUUGGAUUAAUUUAUAUCUGAUUCAUUAGUUUAUUAUGAGAUAUACUUUAUGUGUAACAGUUGGCAUAAAUACUAAAUAUUCAUUAAAUAAAAUUUUCUUGGAAUAACCGAAAUUUUCUAAGUCAUAACUGCAGUAUUCUUGCCACAAAGUGUUCCUCAGUAUUCAAUCAUGUCAGAAUUUGAAUAAUGUUUUAUGAUUUACAUUGUAUUAUAUUGGUAUGUUACAUAAUUACAAUAUCUAUGAUUUAUUAUAUUGGUAUGUUACAUAAUUACAAAUAUCUAUGAUUUAUUAUAUUGGUAUGUUACAUUAUUACAAUAUCUAGCUUAACAAAUAUGAUUCUGUGCAUGUAAUUGAAAAAUUAAGAUUUAGAGAAUAAAUUAUAGGCGGAAAUUUUGCCUUUCGCAUGCGUUUUGAGUCACCAUAAAUAUCAUGUAUGGUAACUGGCUCUCGUUUUCAUUAACAAUCCAUUUCCAUUUACUAAAGGCUCCUCUUGAAUUUCGUAAAGGAAAACCUAUAAGGAUCGUGAGUUACCAUUGCGGUAAUAGUUUUUAGAAUCUAUUAAUAUGGUUUAAAAAGUGCCUGUCUUUGUAAAAUAAUCUAGUAUGAUUUUAUAUUAUGAACAACUAGAGUUUUGUUUUUUGAUCUGAAAAUUAGAAAUGAUAAAAUAUUAAUAUUCAUCUAGCUAUAGAUAAUAAUACAAGCUGGCAUACGGUUU